AUGAUUUCGACGCUUAAUCUUAUUCAACAAUAUCUUACUAUUGUAUUGGGAGUUCUUCUUGUUGUUGGUAUCAUUGGAAAUACUCUCAACUGUCUUGUAUUUUUUCGAAAACGGUUACGUUCAAGUCCAUGUUCAAUUUUCUUUGCUGCUGCUUCAAUUGCUAAUAUGACCGUUAUGAUUUAUUAUAUUAUUCCAACCAUUCAUUCAGUUUAUAAUUCACCACCAGAAAAUGAAAAUCUUGUUUAUUGUAAACUUCGUUUAUAUAUUCGAAAUGCUUUAUUAGUUAUUUCACGAUCUUAUUUAACAUUAGCUUGUGUUGCAUGUUAUGCUCAAACAUCAAGAAAUGUUCGAAUACGUGCAAUAUUUCGACCAAAAGUUCUUUUACGAAUUGUUAUCAUUAUUCCUAUAAUUUGGUUUAUUAUACCAUUACAUAUUCCUUUAACAACAACUAUUCAAAAUGGAAAAUGUAAUAUGUGGGCAGGUGCUGCAGCUCUUUAUCAUUCAAUUUAUAUUUGUUUUGUUGCUGCUAUACUUCCAACUAGUUUAAGGGCUAUAUUUAGUUUUAUGUCUUAUAAAAAUUUGCAACGAAUGACACGUAAUGUGCAUCCUCACAAUGGUACAGAACAUAAUGCUGAAGAACCAUAUAAUCAACAUUCAGAAAAAAUGCGUCUUCAACAACGUGAUCGACAAUUAAGCAUGAUGUUGUUUGUACAAAUUAUUGCCUAUAUGAGCUUUACUAUAUGUUAUCCUUUUUAUACAAUAUAUAAUGCAAUCACUUUGAUUAUUGGAGGAACAAAAUCACCAGAAAAAGCAGCUAUUGAUAAUUUUCUUUUAUUUAUUACUUCUGCUUUUCUUCUGAAUUUUUAUAGUGCAGCUUCAUUUUUUGUUUUUCUUACAUCAAGUGCAUUUCGAAAAGAACUACGACAAAUUUUUGCGUUUAUUAUACCUCAAUGUGGUGUUAAUGGAAAUUGA